CUCCUCCGCCUCCCCGCCGAACUCCGCAACGAGAUAUACGCGCUGCUCCUCUCCCCCCACGCCGCGCGCCGCGCCCUCCCCGACGACCACGCCCGCUACGCCUACGACCUGCGCAUCCUGCGCACGUGUCGCCAGAUCUUCUUUGAGGCGAGAGCGGUGUUUAGGCGGCUGAACACGUUCGUUGCUGUCGAGGCGCCGUGGCCCGAGGCCGAGCGCCAGAUUAUGGGGAAGGGGCGCGUGCCGGUCGUCGUGGCUGGGGAGAGGGCGGAGCGAUUUUGCUCUGCCUUCGGCUUCGCCUCCGCGGGCGGCGAGAAGGCCAAGAUCGUGUUUCUGGCCGAGGAUUUGGAGAAGCUGACGCGGUGGUGGUUUUACCUCGACCUGAGCAUCCCGGACAUGAACAGGCACCUGGAGCUUACGCUCGAGCUGCGGGAUCCGUAUGCGACGGAGGAGGGGGAUAAGCAGCUCCCAGUCGUGCUGCAGCGGCAGCUACUGCUUCCCUUCGGCGAGGUCAAGGACCUGCGCAGCACGCGCAUCGCGGGCCCCUACGACGCGGGCGUGGCAGCCGAGCUGCGCGCGCGCCAAGCAGUCCCGUACAAGACGCCGGCCGAGUGCCUCGACGAAGCGGAGCGGCUCAAAGACGCAGGCAACGCAGCGCUGCAAGCCGGCGACUGCCUCGCCGCGCUGCGCCACUACGAAGCCGCCUUCCUCGCCCUGCACAUAGUCGUGCGCGGCCGCAGUCGCCGCAUCUGGGCCGACGAGUUCUUCCAGACGGUGCUGCCGGAGGGGACGGCGCACGCGCGCAGGCCUGCACAGCUGGUCCGGCUGGUUCUGCGCGUCAAGCUCGUCGCGAAUGUGUGUCUGGCCCAUGUCAAGCUCGAGCAGUGGGACGAUGUCAUCCAUUGGGGCAUGCGCAGUAUUGGGCUGGUGCGCGAGGGCCGCGGCAUCCUGGGCGAUGAGGACGAUGAGCCCAUGCGUGGGUUUGCCGGCGCGGUCCAGUUGGGUAAGAUAUAUUACCGUACUGGGCUUGCGUAUAGGGAGGUGGGAAAGCGGGAGGAGGCGAGGGGCUUGCUGCGUAUUGCGCAGGGCUAUUUGCCUGCGGAUCGUGAGGUCGGCAAGGCGCUGGCCAGUGUCGCGUUGAGGAUAUGA